UGUUGAAUCGUUUUGUGUAUCUUAUGUUUCAGUGUUAGUUCUCCUCGUACAUUACGAAAUAUACGUUUCACGAGUACCAAGAAGAGCUUCAGGAACUUUAUGACUCACUGUAAAAAAAAAACAACCUUUCACACCUGAAUUACAGUCAUUGGCUACCCUAGUUGUCCUUCAAGUUUCUCGCUUCCAACACUGCUAAACUGAGGGUGGUUAGAGUAAGAGUAUAUUGAUGGCUGAGGCCUAUUCGUGCAAUACGACAUCCUCUCCACACGCCACUUAGUGACGGUUUUGUUCAAGUGAAGUCACAACUUGAAAUAUAUAUAUCAUUGUUCGACCUAUUUCGUUAUACUUCUGUUCCAUAUUUUGGAAUAACAAGAAAACGAUGAAGUUGGCCAUGUGUGAAAUUUAGGACUGAAUGCCAGUUUUACAAACUGUGGGCUUAUUGACUGAUAUACAGCAACAUUCUCAGUAGUAAAUCAUGGCCUUGUGGCUGGUACCUGCUUCAUACUUAAUGCUAAUAUGGCAUGACUCUGUGUUGGCAAAUAGCAAAGAUUUCCUCCCUGAAGAUCAGAACUCAACUGCAAAAGUCUUGUUUAGUCGUGCUCCUCUUUUGAAUAAAUACAGAGUAUCCAGUGACUUUGACCCAAAAGGAAUGGAACACCUUUACACAGUUACAUCAUUUUUCUGCAGUUAAUUCAAUCUCCUGGCCUACCACCAGAGAUACUAACUGAAGAACUUGUGGAUGAUCCUCUUGGUGUACUGGAUGAACAUAGAGGUGUAGUUUUAUCUCAUUUCUUGGGAAUGUUAUUGGUGGGACUAAUUGGCCUGCUUUUGGCUAUCGUUAUCCCUGUUGGUGGUUUCUUCUUUUGUUGUUGUCGGUGUGCUGGACGUUGUGGGGGAAGCAGAGUGGAAGUAAUGGAGAAGAAGAGAGAUUCCUGUCGUAGAAUAUCUUGUGGGAUUGUUAUGUUUAGUAUUGUUGUUGUAAUGAUGUUUGGUUUAGUGUGUGCCUUUGUUACCAAUGAAUACAUUGAACAAGGAGUUCAAGCCUUACCAGAUAAUUUGAAAUGGAGUAUAGAUGAUGUCCAGUUAUAUUUUAAUAAUACAAAAUCUGAAGUCAAUAAUCUGCUAAAAAACAACUUUAAACAGUUACAAGAAAAAUUAGAAGAAAGUUUAGAUAGAAGUGGAGAUAUUGUGAAGAUCAGACUUGGUGAAGUGUCACAGGCAGUAGCAGUUGACAAUUUAACAGAGAUUGUGUCUCGGCUCGGGCAGUUACGAAAUGAUAUCAAUGAAGCAAUGGAAAACACAAAGAAACUACAACAAGAUGGGAACCAACUUCAGCUUGGCUUGGCAGGAGUAAGAAAAGACCUGAUGGGUUUGUUGAAUGAAUGUAACUCUGAGCUUGAGGCUUGCCAGGAAAUUCUCAAACUAUAUGAUCUCUCCCAUCUUGUUGUUGAGCCAAAUUUUUCAGAACUUCCAAACCUGACAGACAUUAUGCAAAAGUUAUCAGAUCUACUUAAUGAAGAUAUUGAAAGUGAAGUGAGAAAGGGUAAAGACACAUUUGACAGGUUAAGUUAUACUAUCCAAGAUGCUGUUAGUAAUGCUAUUCCAGAAAUCAAACAGAAAAUAAGGAACUUUGGCAUAGAACUUGGUGCUGCUGCUGAUAAUACUAGUCAGAUGUUGCAUGUUCCUGAACUGAGACAAGCUAAGGAGGUUGUGUCUGGUUUUCAGCCAUACAUUGAAAAAUAUUCUGUGUACAGACGAUAUGGCAGUAUGGCUCUUUGCUGUGGAAUGUUGGCCAUUGUUUUAUGCUUCACUUUUGGACUUGUUUGUGGAUCAUGUGGUUCAAGACCAGGAAAUAUCUAUGGUGACAGCAGUUGCAACAAAGGAGUAGGAGCCAGACUUCUGAUAAUGGGAGUCAUUGUGGUAUUUUUGCUGUCCUUUUUUCUACUGUUAACCACCACAGCACUGUUUUUAGUGGGAGGAACAACCCAACGUACAAUAUGUGAUGUUAUCAAAAAUACUUCUGACCCACAAGUGAAAGAGGCCAUUUUGUUGGUUCAGAAACAUCGUUUAAUCAAGAUGAUUGGAGAAGACUUUCAAAUAACUGAAAUCCUCAGGCAGUGUCACAACAAUAAGAGCCUCUAUCAAACAUUAGAACUUGAAAAACGAUCACAACUUCACAUUGGCCCAAAUGUAGUAGUUAGUGUGUUCAACCUAUCAAAGCUCACUAAUUAUCAAGAGCGUUACAAGGUGGAUGAAAAGUUAUCAGAGUUCCUAAACCAGCUGAAUGUCAACCCAAAUGUUACACUACUUACAAUGGAAGGAAAGGAGCUUCUAAAGCAAUUAAGAGACACACCUGUUUCAAGCAUAAAUUUCACUGUCUACUUUGUAAUGGCAGAAGAACAAUUGACUUCCAUCAACCUUCUUGAGCUAGCAGCCAAGCUAAAUAAUACUGCUGAAAUUUUACCGUCAUCUCAAUUAGAAUUGGCUGCUAAAUUGAGAAAUAGUGCUCUGCAGCUAGAAAGUUAUCAUCUGAGGUUGGUUAUUUCCAUCAGAUCCUCCUUGAAUAAACUCAAAAAUGUUGCUGAACAUAUUCAGAAAGCUUCUGAAUUUCAUGGAAAGAAACUUAAGGAUGUUAUAAUUGAAUUACUGGAAAAAGCACAAUGGGCACAGAAAUUUAUCCAGACAAAAGGAAAAGAAGAACUUAAAAAGCUUGGGAAGGAGUUUGUGUCAGAAUUUACUGAGCUCAUAGAUCAGUAUGCUGCCCAUGUGAAACAACAGGUAACUGAAGAGAUAGGAAGAUGUGGACCUGUUAGUCAAGCAUAUAAUGCUUCCUAUGUUGCUGCAUGCAACAAAGUCAUUCUACCUUUUAAUGGUUUUUGGGCCAGCUUGGGUUGGUGUAGUUUACUGUGUAUUCCUUGUAUCUUUAUUGCUGUAACACUUUCUGUCUUAUAUAGAAGAAUUGAUCCAUAUCCUGGUCCUUUAGUGGAUUCGGACUUUGCUUCAGAUAACUAUGCUGAUAGGGACAAUAUUCCUCUAGCCAACGUGAGCCAAAAACGUACUUGGAAAGAUCGGCAGACUUAUGACAAUCGCAAUGGUUAUGUUUAUGAUUACAGUCCAGGAUUUAGAGAUCGAGUUUCUCCUCCACGAUCAGGUUAUAUGCCAGCACCCCAAGUGGACAAUGUCCAGCCCCCAACAUCAGCAGGACCUCCUCCUUAUGCAGCCCCACAAGAUGUUCCUCCAAGCAUGGGAUCACAACCCCUUCCAAAUGGCCCAUCAGAAUACACACGGCCACCACCCUACUUCUUUCCAGGACCAUGAAUGUGUAUGAUAUCCAUGAUCAGUGUUUUGUAACUAAAAUUGAAAACUGUUUAAUAUUGGUGCCUAAAUAUAGCAUUAGCUCAGUAGGUCUCGUAAUCCAACUGAAAGAUUUAGCCCUUUUACCUAUCCAUUUCUCAAGGUGGUUUAGAGAUAUAAGGUUUUAUUAUUAAUAUUUUUUUCAAAAAAUAUCAACUUAUGUUUUCAGCAUUUCAUCUCUCCACAUUUUUCUUGUAAAUCAUGGGAACAUUUUUAUAAAAGUGGUGAUUUCACCGGUGGAAGGUCAUGUGUGUAAAGUGUAGUUUUAUUGGAUAUGAAAGUGUAAGGUUGUUAUAUUCACAAUUACAAGAAAUAAGUUACAUAUAAGCAGAUGGAUCACAUUGAAUUAUGAUGUAUAUAACUUUUUUUUUUGAUUCAGAAGAAAGAUAUUUGAACUUAUCAUCAUUUUUUUUUUUAAAUUGAGUAAAAUUUACAGUUAGCAAUAAGGGCUUUGUAAAACAACUGUACUAAGAGUAAUUGCUCAAGGUUAUGGAACAUAUCAGUGUAUUGAAAAGACUGGGAAGCUGUGAGUAGAAUUAUUUACUCUACUACCGACAACCAAAACAACGUGAAUGUGAUUAGACCCGAGAACUUAUGAUUUUAUUGUGUGAGUUAUUAUGUUAUUCUUGUAAUUUCAGAAACUAUUAGUAAAUCAUGUUUUGAUUACAGUUUUACAUUUGAAAGCUUUUCUCUGUAAUGUAUUAGGCAAAAUACUUUUUAUAAGUAAACUUCUGUCAAUUUUUAUUCUAAAUUGUAUAUGUAUAUUAUGUUUUAUGAUGUUUGUGGUGUAAUUACAGUAUGAAAAGUGAUUAUGGUUUUGAUUUUUUGGUAAAAUAUAUAUACUUCAUUUUAAAUCGAUAUUAGAGAAGAUGCAAACAUCUUCAGUUUUUUUUUAAUGUUUUAUUUUAUGCCAAUAAUGCCAUAUUAAUUAUGUUUUUUAACAGUUGACUAAUCAUUCUGUAACAGAAGCUUGCAUUUGUCAUUGUAAUUUAUUUCAGUAACAAACAAAACUUUAUUUUAGUAAGAUCGUUAUUGAUAGCUCAAAAGAAAAAAAAGGAUAAACCAAAGAAAGACUGGUAAAUUGACUUUCUUGUCACUAAUACAAGAAAAUCUUAUUUUGACAAAGUACUGGUAUGUUUAUGAUUAUUAUCAUCAUCUCAUCCUCACUGUUAAAAGAAAAUUGAUUUAAAGCAAAAGAAUGCAAUGAAAGGUAAAGAAUCUACAAGUUUUUUGCAAAUAGUGAUGGAUCAAGUCAUAAAAUUAAUUUUUCUAUUUUUCUCUGAUAAAACGCACACAUUACUGCUUGUCCUUCUCUCAGAGUUUUAUAGUCAGAUAUUGUAUUUUUGUACUGUAAUGAAAAAAAAAAAAUGGAAAGUUUUGAUGGCUAAACUGAAAUGAGUAAAUAUUAAGACACAGAAGUAACAUCCAUAUGCAUAUAUUCAAAUAUAUAACUUUAUUGAAGUCAAACAUUUUUCUGGUUAAUUUAUUUGCUGCAUUAACCUUUUGUUUUGUGUCCUUUUUUCCCCUGUGAAUCAUAUUUCUCUCUGGAUUGAGAAAUAAUGAAAUUAUAUUUAUAUAGUAACCAUCAAAAUUCACUUGUUUAUUCAUCUCAGUGUAAAUAAGAAAAUCAGAGUGAAUGUUUACACUCCAAACCUUUUUUUUUUCAAAUCUACAAGGAUCACUGUAGAGGACAUUUCUUUGCUCCCUUUCAUCUGUACUUUGCUGUUUUCUGUUGUGUGUCAAAUUCUUCUUUGUAAUGUUUUAUUUCUAGCCAAGUUUAGUUUCUUAGAAAAUUAAAUGUGUUUACAGAAAAUGAUGUAUUAGUUAGAACAGUUUCAUUAGUGUACUGAAAGAGUUUAGUUAAACCAAUUUUCCAACAAUGGAAUUGUUAUGUUCAGGUAUCAAUGUUUUUGUCCACUUGACAAAAGUGAAUGGGAAGCCUAUGGCAACAACAGUCAGGUUCAAAUUGGUUCCUGGUUUAAUUUCAUACUUCUUAAAAUAUUGGAGCAAUUUGGAGUCAUCCUUCAAACAUGAACACACGGGGAAAUUGCUAUACCAAUAGUGUUUUCAGCAACACACUUGUACUUGGCAUUAUUCUUCUAUUCAGUGUAUCAGUUUUAAUUGUGGGUCAUCAGCUACACAGUUCUGAGUGGCAUUAUCGAGAUCUUCCUGGACAAGUUGCACAUGAAACACCAAAUUGUUUGACAUUUCUUGGAGUGUGUUGCACUGGGUCACUAUUUUCUUUCUAUUCUUUCUCCACUUAAUUACAGGUUUAGAGUUAUCCAAGAUGGUGCCUGUGAAGGUAGCCAUGAUUCUGCUGGCUACAAUUUGAUCAUUAGUGCUUGUUUAAUUUUAGGGGAAUCAUAGUGAUCUGGUUUAAUACUAAUGGAAUUCAUCUUUUCUUUUUGACUUAGCUGCAACCCAAACAUAGUAAAACAUUAUCUGGAUAUAGAUCAGUUAGUGUGUACUAUAUUAUGGUAGGGAUUGUAUGAUGAUACUGCUGUUGAUUGAAGGUAUCAUUCCAGCAAAGUUCAAAGCAUUUUAUAUUUUAUUCUGAAUGGUUUGGUCAAUUCGUGACAACUCCACUGUUGUUAAUGAUGUUGGGAAAAGUCAACUGGCUGACUAGGCACUCUCUGUUGCAUUUUCAUUUGAACAAGGGCAGAAAAUUAACUUGUACUGGUUAGCCUGAACCUUGAUGGUAUACAGUAUCAUAUCACUGAAUAUUGGUUUAAAAUAAAAAGUUGAGUAACAUCUUUUCUUAUAAGAUGUUAAACUUUAUUCAAAGCCCCUCAUCAACUAGCAUUAAUAUCACAUUGUUUAAUUAUCCUCAAUAACACAAUUUGUUUGUAUUGGACUCAGAUUAAGGUAUGUCUCCCCCCCCCCCCCCCCCCAAUAAUUAAAGAAGUUACUGAAAGCUUUCAUAUAGUGAGUGAAAUCUCAUAAGUCUAAUGUUAUAUUUACACAAGUUCAUUUAGGUAUCUUUCAUUGUUUCUACAAUGGUUGCACUACACAAGUUCAUUUAGGUAUCUUUCAUUGUUUCUACAAUGGUUGCACUACACAAGUUCAUUUAGGUAUAUUUCAUUGUUUCUACAAUGGUUGCACUACACAAGUUCAUUUAGGUAUCUUUCAUUGUUUCUACAAUGGUUGCACUACACAAGUUCAUUUAGAUAUCUUUCAUUGUUUCUACAAUGGUUGCACUACACAAGUUCAUUUAGGUAUCUUUCAUUGUUUCUACAAUGGUUGCACUACACAAGUUCAUUUAGGUAUCAUUCAUUGUUUCUACAAUAGUUGCACUACACAAGUUCAUUUAGGUAUCUUUCAUUGUUUCUACAAUGGUUGCAUUACAAUUGUUCCAUACAAUUCACCAAAAUGUUGUAAUAGGAGUUUCUUUUUCUGUAACAUUUUAAUGUUAUAUUGUAAACUUACGCAAGACCAGCAAUACAGGUUUUGUUGAGACAAAUAUGCUAUCUGUUACUAAGAAUAUUGUAGGAUUAUCUAAGGGGGUACUGGAAAAAUCAAUUGAUCUAAUGGUAUCUACAUACUGAAUGAGUUUACUAUUGAGGUGGUGAUAUUUCCAUGAUAUUAAAAUCAUGUAGUUAAUAAGUCUAUGUUUCAAGAGUGAGUAAUUGGUGUCAUCAUGUUAUGGUUGAUUAUGAAGUUAUAUAUAGCCUUCAGUGUCAAAAUGAUUAGCAUCAGAAAUGAACAAGCUGUUGUAAUAUGUAUAUCAUUUAGAAUUUUUCAUGGAUUUUCUGAAAGUAGUGUUUUAGUCUGUCUUGUCGUAAUAGUUUCCUAAAAUCCACCCUUUAGUUAACCUCUAUUUUCCAGCUUUAUAGUCUUAAUCUAAGACACCGAGGAAGAGUUAUUUGCUUAGAGCUCACCAGUAUCACUCUCUGGAUAUAUUGGUUUAAAAUAAUAAAAUUAGUAACAUAUUUCCUUAUUUCAUGUGAAUCCAUCCUUCAUCAACUAGUUUUAAUCUCGAUUUGUUUAAUUAUCCUCGUGACUGGUGUAAACAACCGGUUAUCUAUUCAGGACCUUGAAUAAGAUAUAUCUUUCUCCAUAAUUAAAGAAGUUGCUGAAAGCUUUCAUAUAAUGAUUGAAAUCUCACAAGUCUAAUCAAACAUUUACACAUAUUUAUAUAGGUAUCCAUCAUUGUUUGUACAAUGUAUUUAUUAUAUUUUUUGGCAAAUAAUUUUAGCUCAUGGAACAAGCACCCCUUCAUUUAGGGACAUCUAUGAUUAUCUUUUCUUCUUUUCAAAAUGAUAUACUGUAUAUACUUAUUUACGUUUAUUAGUUUAAAUUUCCAUGUUAAUUUUUAUACAUGUUACAUUUAAUUUUCUUUUUUUUUAUAUUUUUUAUGUAGUUUUCGAGUCUGUAAACAUUAUUUUAUUUAUAUUGGAAUAUUUUAUAUGCAAUGAGCAUGACACAGUGGUUAGUGUACUGGAUUUUUGAAUCUGAGGGUCCAUGAUUUGAUGUCACAAAGUUGUGCUUUGCACUUUGGGUGCAUUAUAAGAGCGACGGUCAAAUCCCACUGUUCGAUUGGAAUAUUCCAAGAUUUGACGUGGGUGCUGUUGACUAGCUGCCUUCCCUCUAGUCUGUCAGUUCAAAAUUAGGGAUGGCUAUGGCAGGUAGGCCUUGUGUAGGUUUGCGCAAAUACUUAGAAGUAAACAAAUAUAUCAAUAUAAUAAAAUAGCAUUAAGAUUUCUAAGUUUAUGAUAAGUUAUAAAAACUAAGUUUUUAUGUCUUAAUUAUUCCUUCGCAAUUCUGUUAUGAUAACCUCAUCGUUUACAUCAGUAUUUGAAUUGUCAAUUUUAAUGGUUGCACUAGAAUCGUUCCACAUUAGUUACCAAGUGUGCGGAGUUUCUUUUUUUCUGGGACAUGGUAAUAUUUUAUUGUAACUUUGCAGUACAGGUUUUAUUUGAGACAAGUAUACUGUCUGUCGCUAAGGGUAUAGUAGAUGAAAUGUAGAGGAACAAAGAUGGUUGAAAGUGCUGUAUUUCAUUUAGAAUAUUUCGUUUUUGCUGUUGCUUUCAAUAUAAAUAUGUGUGUGUGUAUAUAUAUAUAUAUGAUCUUGUAUUUUUAUUUUGUCACACUUUUCUUUACGUUAAUGCUGUAAUAUUCAUAAAUCGUGCAUUAGGAUCACAGUAUGCUCGGAACACAAAAAUAGUGCUGAUUUAGCAGCUAGAAAUGUGCCAAGUGAACUCGGAUAUAGAUUAAAGUUGAAAGUUGUUAGGCCUUUUUUUUUGUAACACCUCUCUCUACUUUUAGUGUUUUUAUGCUCUUAUAAAACAAAGGAGUUUUAAAAAUCUUUCUUAGUUUGUAUAUUAUAUAGGUAUGUUAAUUUAUUCUACAAGAUUAUCUUCAUGAUUAUUUUGAAACUGGUUCCUGUAAGUAUUAUGGCUGCAGUCAGUUUAAGCCACUAACCACUAGAUGGAGUUUGAGGUAGAAAUAUGGAAUUUGCUUAGGUUGCCAUGUAAAAAAAAGUUUCGAUCCGUAAAUGAUUGGUGAUUUUUUAGUAACGAAUAAUUCUUGAAUAAUUUCACUAACUGUUUGUGUGUGUGUGCAUGUGUUUUCAGUCUACAAACUUUGUGCGUUCAGAAUGUGUUUUUUUUGUAACAUUCUAGCACCUAUUAAGCUGUUUCUCUCUGAUCUUUCUUCAAUUAGGCCAUACAGUAUGUAUGUAGAUUUUACUGGUUGUAUUACUGAAACAUUUAUAGAUGUUCACUCGCUAUAGGUAGUAGCUAUGGCAACAUAAUGCUAUCUGUUAUCCCUCGAGGAAGCAUUUCUGAUCUUUUAAUUCCUAAUGUUAUCUUACAAUGAUUUGAUUUGAUUUUUUGUAGUUUUAAAUCUGUCAAAAAAACAACAACAAAAACGGCUGUAUCAAAAUUAUAUAAUAGAAACCCCUUUUAUUCAUAAAUAGAAUGGUGCAAAAAUUCAUUACAAUAAUUGUGUAGGCCACAUUUUUGCUGUAUUGCAAUGAACUAUCAGCAAGUAAUUGGUGAUUUACAUGUAUUGUUGUAAAUGCAAAUGUGUUAUAGUAAGUUCUUUACUUUGUAAUUAACAAUUGUAUUUAUAUCUUUUCAUUAUUGGUUACACUUGUGUAAAGACGAGUUUAUGUACGUUACGCCUAAAUCAUCGUCAUUCGUAUGUCCAGUUUGAAAAAUGCAUACUAAUAAUAUAUUAACAUAAUCAAAGAAUGCUUACGUCGCGUUAACCGUAAUUGAAGGUGAAUCAUCGAUAUCCUGAACAGAAGUCGAACCAAGAAUCGUGUGAAGUUAGUGUCAUAAACGUCCACAUAUUUAACACGGAGGUAUCUUUAGGCUGUUGUUUAAGAAAACUGGGUUCACUUCAUUACGAUAUUUUUUAAAUAUUGUGUAGUUUAUUCAACAGAUACUUUAGAUCUUUGUUAAUCCUGAAAUUGAUGGUAACGUUGGUACUUUGAAGAAGAUUGUUAGUAAGUACAAUUUGAAAGAAAGUCAUUUUUGAAAUUGCACAUGAUUUUCACAAGCUAGAUUUUUUUAUCCAAACUGGACUGUAUAGAAAACUUGAUGUGUUAAUCAUACUAAUGACUUGAUAAACUAUAAUUGGGAUAUGGCUGAAGUCUUCCAUCCUUAAUAAACAAUUUUCAACCGGCCUCUUACAGUGACGUUACUGGUGCUUUUAUAAUAGUGAUUUUCUUAGGUCAUUUUUCAACUAUCAAUUAUGUUACAGUAAUUACGGUAGUUUGUUUUUGAAGAGUUAAACACGUGGUUAACAAGUGUGGUCAUCGUGUGCUUUAACAGAAAAUACAUGGAAAAAUGGAAAAAGAAAUUUUGCACCAGAGAAUGUUUGAUAAGUAAAAUGGAAGAUAUGCUAGGCCUGGUGCUGAUAUGUACAGCGGAAACUAUUUUUAUAUUCUUAAACACUAAAUCCAAACGUAUCUAUUAUUAUACAAUGAAAUAAAAAGUUAAGACUAAUAGUUUACUAGUAACAAAUGUAUAUAGCUCUAAGCCUGAAUAAACUCCAUCCAUUAUAAGUUUGGAUAAUGCUAAUCCAGAUUUAGGAAUUUGGGCUUUUGAUUUCUUUGAAUAUGGAUUUUUGACCUAAUUGCCGAAAAUUUAAGAUAGGCGAUUAAAAUAAUUUCGAAUUACAGUACGUAUAUAAUAUAUUUCAAAGUUGUUCUUUUUAAUAAAAAAAAGUUGCUUACACGAUAUUUCGAUAAUAGAUAGCUAAAAAUGGUAUAAUCUUUGUUUUCGUCAAUUUUGUAUUCAAUCUUUGUUAAAUAGUAUGAUACGCUAUGUAGUUAUUUGUGAUUAUGCUCGAGAUAUUGAAGAAAAUAAUUACUUCUUUUGGUGUUGUUUAUUGUUCCAUCGUUAUGGAGUAUAUAUAGUUUGAUAAAAUAAUAUUAAUUCUACAGUUUAGACAAUGCAGGUGCUUUGAACCUUAUAGCAGUGUUUUUGGACGACGUACGUUACUAAACAUUAGGACUCUGUGAUAAAGUGUUACCCAAAACCAAAGUUAGACGACUUUUUUUUUCUUCUUAAUUAGACUUUUGUCUUUCCUGUGCUACUGAACUGGGUAAAUACACUUUUAAAUUUGUAAUAAUCUCGCGUAACGUAGUAUGCAUUCAUUGUUAUAGUUUUUGAUCACAUCUUUUGUAUUGUUGGACCAUGAUAUAUCUGGUUAGUAAUGAUUUUGUUUGUGUAUUAUACGUUUUUCAGUGUGGUCAACUCGGUUUAUGUAUCUCAUCUAUGUUGUAUGUGUAAGUAUUUGGGGAUAAGCUGUUGAGUAUCCACUAUUUUGGAUUGUUUGCUGUUCUGUGUUAGAAAGUUCAUGUUUGGGAAUUGUUGGCUUUUGGAAAGUGGAUUAUGGAUAUAUUUCAAAGAACUGUGAAUAAAAGCAUGAAAAAAAAAAG